AAGGGAGUCUACAAAACCGAAUUGCUCCAAGAGGGCAUCAACCUCAUGUGGUUCUCAAAUCGGAACGACGAGGGCCUCAUCCACCAUAAGUACUUCAAUCCCUUUCCUGUUAGAGCUCUCGCACUCGUGCUUACAGCGAUCGAAUGUUGUAUCGACGAGUGGCUGCCAGGCAUCAAAGAAGACAUCAAGUUCACAUCCGCUACGUAUGGAGCUGUCUACAAUAAUCAUUUGGGCUCACUGCUGCGCUUUGAUGAGCGCACUGCACCUUACAAACUUCUCGAGAGAAUCUGUACCAAUCUGCAUGAUGUAGGCCGG